AAAAUAUACUCAUGUGGUGACCAAAAAUAAAAAUAUUUUGACUAAAACAAAAUGGCAUUACAUUAUUACGGGUAUCAAAGCUGUCGUCGUGGUUCGGAGACAGCGACGGCCCAACGCCGUAAUGUGCCACAUCAAAGUGCGGGACGUAUGCCAUCUGAGCCACCAUCGGAGAGUGGAGAAAGUGGUGGAGCGAUGAGUGAUUUAGAUAGUGACAGUGGAGGAUGCAGUGGGGGUAGUUCAUCGACGAGUGGUAGUGGCAGUGGUGGAUCCAGUGAAGACCCAGCGAAUGGUUUACCAUAUCCAGGCAUUGCACCAAUUGCAUUACGUUAUCUUGGACAAACGACACGUCCACGAAAUUGGUGUUUAGCAUUAAUAUCAAAUCCAUAUCCUUUUUAA